AUGUUUAAUCAACAUUUUACUAAAUUGUUUUUUAUUUUAUUAACUGUGAAAGGAUGUUCAACAACAAUUAUCAAUGCAUUUAUUAGUGGUAGUGAUAGUGACAAGAAUAAUUCACUAUCAAUAUACCAUUCACAAGAAAUUGAAGACCAAAAUGACAAGUCAGAUGGCCAUACAUUCUAUCCAACGAUUGUCUCAUAUAUUGUCAAUUUAUCACAACAUAUAUUACGAAUUAUUAUUCAAACACUUCGUAUUAAAAACGAAAAUAAAACACCCAGUGAUAUUGAUGUAGACAAGAGUGGAGAUGUUGUUGCACAAAACGCAUUAUUAACGCCACUUGCAAUACAACAUUUGCUCGAUCAAAAACACAACGAUGAAAAAAAAGAUAAAAUAUUUGACAAUAAUUUGUUAAAACAAUCAAAUUUAAACAAACUACUAACGAUUACUGAUAAAGACAUGCAAAAAGAUUCGUCAGUUAUUAAUUCAGCGCCUGUAGAAGAGGAUGAUGAUUGUUUAUUUUUAUUUUAUUUUUUUGUUGUCUGUUAUAUCCUAUGUAUUCUUCUAUUAUUAUACGUUUUACAUCGAAUAGUAAUAUGUUAUCUUCGACAACAACAGCAACAACGUUUAGCAGUUCAACAACAACAACAAAUCACAACAACGGCCGAUGAUACAAAACCGAUAACCACAACUAUUUUAUUUAAAAUAAAAAAUUAUGAUAAUCAACUUGAUGGUAGUGAAAGUAGUGGUACUCUUGUUGAAGUAUUGACACCAUUAUUAUCACGAAUAUCACCGCCUCAAUAUGAACAAAGUGUAGCACAAUCUACUCCACCACCUGCUUAUGUUUAG